AUGGCAGCUGCCUCAUCGCCAGGGCUGCUCUCUGCCCCUACGGCAAUACGCUCCCUCUUCAAGUCCUUCCCCCUCGCCGUGCACCCCGCCGAAGCGCUUCCCGCGCGCGUCGCCGACACCGACAGUACACUUCCGCGGCUCUACGUCUUUACGCACGAGCGCGAUGCGGUACUCGGUCUGCCGAGCUACAAUCCGUCGUGCUUAAAGUGGCAGACUAUCCUGAAAAUCGCAAACAUCGACUUCCAACUCGUGCCCUCCUCCAAUCACGCCUCGCCAUCGGGCGCCCUCCCGUUCUUGAUUCUCCCAUCCAGCACACCUACCGCGGUACCUCUGACGGGUGAGAAGAUUGCGCGCUUUGCUAAAGAGCAUGCCCCGAGCGUCAACCUUGACGAUCCAUCACCACGGAUUGACGCGUACCAGGCGCUGAUCGCCCAUAGCGUCCGUCCCGCAUGGCUUCACGCAUUAUACGUGAACUCUGCCAACGAUAGUCUUCUAACCGCCCUCUACCUCCCUUCGUCAGCUCUACUCCGGCCGGCGCAGCGCCACAAUUUAAGGACAGCCGCUGCGACGGAAAUUUUAAAGACAACACGGCGCACAACAGGCGGCAUGAAUGUAGAGAAAAUCUAUCACGAGGCAGAAGAGGCGUUCGCGGCGCUAGCGGCCCUGCUCGGCGAGGCAGAGUGGUUCUUAGACGGAGAGACACCGGGCGUGCUGGACGCGGAAUUGUUUGCAUACACGCAACUGCUUGCGGAUGGUUGA